AUGGUCGAGUUUACGACGGAACUGGAUGGGGUCUACCAGCUUGCAUUAGUUCCCUCCGGUACCCAGGACCCAGACCAGAAUAUUUGUUCGAAGAAGAAGCAGGUAACAUCUGGGAAAGUAUACAGAGCGUUCUGGGGUAUGACACACCAUAUAACCCAGCUAGAGAGGCUCCAGUCUAUCAGCGUUCUCGUCCGUCACCUGUCGAGCGCCAGUGCACCCGACCGCAAACCGUCAUCCUGGGUUCUAUCCACAAGAGAGUUACGUGUUUCCCGUUGCCCCAGUAUGACCCCUGUGACAGCACUCAAAAUAGGCGAGGAUGUCUUUGUCGAAUGGGAGGAUGUAUGGGAACAGUGUAAGCCAAUUCAUUACUUUGUUGCCCCUAUAGAUCGCAAUGGGACCAUCGCACCAUACCAUGGCGAAGACGCUGGUCAGCCCGAUGGCCGACAAUGUGUUAAGCUGAUCUCACCACCACUCAUUACUCACGAUAGCCAUAAGGAGCUCCAGUUUCUCAUUUCCCCUCAACUUAUGUCGGAACAAGAGGAGCCCUUUCUACUCCCUCAACAAUUCCAUGUCAAUGUCGAUCAAGGCUAUAUGCUAACCAUUGACAAUGGUAGCUAUUUCGAUAUGGAAAAUUGUCAAGCGGUUCUAUACGUUAAUAUUGAAGGGGCCUCCCUCUCUCAGGACAAGGAAUACAGUGUUAUCAUUGGCAGUCUUACUAGGACAAAUUAUGUGCUAGAGAGCGAACCCCUUCCAAUUUCCAUCAACUGGGGAUAUGCUAUCCAAGUGAUUUGGUCUGUUGAGGCAGCGACUCCAACUUCCCAUAUAUCACAGAGUUCCAAGCCCUCGAGUGUACCUUCUGCUCUUCAGGUUACUCUCGUCGACCCCAGUAAAACCAACUAUCGAAUAAGCCAGCCUAGCCGGCCAUGGUUCUUACCACAAAUCAAUGAUUCACUGGAUCCGCCGUGCCUCAAGUCAACGGCUCACUUUGAUGGUGGUAUAACCCUCUCAUGGUCAGACAUUCAUUGCCCAAACAUCUCAUCAUCGAAGGGAUUGAUACUGCAUCCCGUACGCGAAGGCGGUGCUGAAAGAGUACUGGAAAACCUGGACAAAGUUCCUCGUUUCAAUGCAACCAAAGGUCAAGUGAGCUAUACUGCCGAUAGGUUGACCAGCUACAUCGACAGCGGGAUACUACGUAUAUGCUUCCGUGUUGCCACGGGGAAGCCACCUUACAUUAUAGGUCGGCGGUACUAUCUGUCAGUUCCGGUCCCAACCAGGCGUGAACCCGGAAAAAAACUAUGGCUAGCCAGAGACUGGGCAAUUCUAUUUCAUAGUGGCCUGGUGCCUCUUCCCGAUGACACGCCCAGCAACCCCUGUUUCCUUGCUAUGACAUCGAGGAACGCAAUUAAGAAAGUCUGGUCGGAGCCCGUGUCAAUGAAAUCCAUAUCGGUGGCUAUUCCCAAUGAUGAGCCAAUUAAUGCCUUCGGUGGUGCACUUGCUGCAUGCAGCCGGCCAGGGAGCCAGCAUUCUGAGUUCUUCUACAUUGCAAAAAAUGGCAGUAUACAAGGAAGACGACGGAUCGGGGUUUCUGGUCUCGACGACCGUUGGAUACGACCAUCAGAUUAUCCAUUUUCUCUUCCAGAGACGGCUUCCACACUGGCAGGUGGCAGUCUAACCGCCAUCGCUCACAGGGACGCGAUGGAAUUGUACUGGGUAGCUCCGGCAGGGGACAUCAAAAUGGCCAGAUGGGAUGCGGAUAGAGGAUGGGCCCAAAGUCUGAGAAGCAUCACCGAGCCAGGGGAAGUCGAUGUGACGGGUUCUGGAGUAUCGCGUUAUGGCCCUGUGUUCCAAGCACUCACAACUGGUACUUUGGUAACACCAAGGAAGACAUUUUUAUUUUGGAAAGAUUCGGAACACUUUAUCAGAAUGGCAACAUCACCAGACUACCAGCCAGUCAUCAUGAAGGAUUCAUCCUUUACAGGGCAGAAGAUUUGGCCGUGUGUCAAAAUUGCCACUACGAUCACAUAUUAUCAACGCGUGGCCAUGUUGUGGGUCUUUUGGGUCACUCCCGACUAUGCUGUCCAUGGUGCAUUUAAGAGAGCCACGAGUCCUUCGCCACAAGACGCUUGGACCGUCUUUCCAGUUACAGGGCCUAAUUGUGCCGAUAUGUCGACCCCACUGAAGAUUGUACCAGUUAGUAAUUCAGAAGAAGACAACCUGUUAUUGUUGUGGUUCGACCGAGACUGUCUUCUGCAAGCAGCGAGUCCUUUUCGCUCUCACACAUCAUUAAAUCUCCGCCACUGGUAUCAGUUUAACGUCUUUUGGGGUAUUUCCUCGGUUCGUGAUCGUCCUUCCAAGAUGGCCAUGGCGACUGCGCCCGGGGGUAGGGUUGUUUUCACCUGGGUUGCUCCGGGUGCCGUAUUGAGGCAAGUGGUAUUUGGCUUUAAUGGGAGGGAGAUUACUCACUGA